CCCUGGUAUUGUGUGUCCAACUUGUGCAGCGUUGAAUGUUGGGAGGGUGAAACCCCCCUGGGCCAGAGGUUUUAUUGAUGCCCGUAUUGCUGGGAGCUGGUGGCUAGAAGCAUCGCAAAUUUUCCUGCCACCGUUUUGCGCCGCUCUCCGUGUGUCGUGUACCGAUAUUGAACGGAAAACCAACUACUUCAGGAGAUUAGAGGGAGUGAAGAGUGUGAAGUGGCAGCGGGAAACAGUAAAACAGGCAGACAUCUAAAUCCGUUCGAAAUCGACGACGCAAAUCGCCUUUCUACGGAUGAAGUUUUUUUGCUUGUUCUCACAUUUGAUAUGCCUACGUCGUCAUUAAGUGUCCUGUGUGUUGAAAAGGGCAGCCGUGUGAUAUAGUGAUGUUGGUCCUCCUAACACACGUGUGUGUCUCUGUUUGCUAGCCCCUUGCAUUAUAGUGUGUACUGAAAGCUGUUUGUAAUUAAUUUAUUUUUGGUUAAAUGUCAAACUUAUGUGUUUGUUUCCCCACAAAAAUAAAUAAUAAUAAUUUGUGUACGGAAACUGCCAAAAACUAUCGAGCAACGUAGCGUGCUGUGGAAAAAUCAUAAACAAAGAGAUCACAGAACAGCACACCGUGUUUGCGUGCGCGUGUGACAGAUUUCGACUGACUCUUGCUGAUGCUGGUGCCGGAAAACAAAACCAUGAAAAUUCCUCCAAACUUUGCACACUAAAGAGAAGGGUCACUUCGAGUCGCGCUUAGAAUAAAGAAACCCCGUACGGACAUACCAACCCUGAGUAGGAAAAGGGCCGGCCCAUUCGACAUUCAAACAUCGAGGUCACGGUAGUAAAAACACACGGCGGGGCGCAGAUACAAGACGCGCACGCGAAAAGCGAAAGCUAAUACUACAACAGCUACCCUUCUCGGUCGGUCGGUCGGGCUCGGUUGGUUGGUUGGUUGUGUUGAGUUUGUAAGUUUGUUGACGACGAUUCCGCGUUUGUUCCCUUCCCGCGUAAUCUCUCGCCCGGUCUCAUAUCUCCGCCCGGUCAGAAAGAAGUGAUUAUCCCGAGUGAAACCGUUGCAAAUUACAAGAGAUUUCCAGCGCAAGAAGCUGACAAACCCCAACUCGCCCCGCGCGUAAACUGCAUCGCCCUUGUUGCAUAGAGAGAAAGUACAUUUGCAGCAUCAUUAAUAGUGUUUGUGGCUCGGUGUGUGUGGUGAAGUAGUCAACGCAGGUGGAAAAACGUUUAAUGCCAUCAUCGUAACACGGAAUCGCGCGCACGGCUGUCUUCUGUGAAGAUAUUUCCGCCAACAACGUACCGUUCCUUGAAGAAGAUCCAAGCGUGCUAAGCUUGAAACUGCGUGCAGCAGGCUGUGAAAAUUGUUUAAAUUUCCCGUGUAUCGAUUACAUCUAGACGAGAACGGCGCGUCGCCAUUGUGUGUGCGGCAAAACCAGUAUUUUGUGCAGUUUUGUGUUGUAAGGAAAGCUUUUUUUUCCAUUUUUCACACCCAUCUUGCACGCCGUGACAUUUCGGGAGUGUGACGUGUUAAGUGCGCACCAAGUGAGUGUUGGUACCGACAUAGGCGAUAGGCGAACCAGCUGGUGAACCGGGAUGCCCUUCAUUUCGAAAGAUUGGCGCUCGCCGGGAGAUUCCUGGGUGAAGACUGACGAAGGAUGGGAAAAGCUGAAGGUGCUCGAGUGUGUCAAGCGGAAAAGGUGCAUUUCGGAGUGCAGCAAUACUAGCGAUACCGAAAACGAUAAUGAGAAUGGUGACAACGAAGUAGUUCCGCCCCACUGUCACAUCACACUGAAGUGUACGCGCGAGAUUGCCGGUUUCAAUGGGCUCGGCGAAGCGGUACGGCGGUUAGAUUUCCGCAGCUCGGUACGCGACGGCCGCCGGUUUAACUACGUGUGUGCGCUGCUCCGGUUGGUCGUGUCCGGCAAAGGUAUCACCAGCCUUCCGGGCGGUGCACAACGUUUGUUGCUUCAGAUGCUGGAGGAAGUGGCCAUGCACGUGGGCGAAUCGCAGCAAAACAUUAACGUGCUGCGAGGGCUGGUGCAGCAGCUGCGUGCGCUGCUAAAUCAGGAGAAUCAAAAGUGCUGGGGCAAACCGCUCGGCAGUCAAACGCUGUGGGCGGAGCACGUGCAAACGAUCCAGCGCAUACAGGAUAUAGCUAGUCAGAUUGAAAUUAAGGAGCCCGGUCCAAACAUACGUCCAAAACUACACGACCUGCCCGAGGAGUGUGUGCGGGAAAUCAUACUCCGAAUCACCGACUACAAGGAUCUGGAAGCGUCGGCUUCGGCCUGUUCGCUGAUGGCGGCCCUCAUCUCCGAACAGCGCGUCUGGCGCGAGCUGUCACAAUACCAGUUUACUAAGCAACAAAUCGAUGUGAUAUUAGAGAAGAUGUCUCUGCAGGAUACGAAGGAGCGACACCGUAACUGGCAAGCGAUCUAUCAUGCCUUGAGAAAAAUGUACGGAGUUCGGGAGGAGUUACAGUAUGCGGAAAUUUUAGCCUUCUGUCGGCUGUGCCGUUGUCUGUUCUGGCCGUCGGCCGGGCAUCCGUGCAUCGUUGACCAGUGUCCCGACUUUCGGCAGCGCGUACAGGAAGCCGGCAAUAGCAAUAGCAACGAAACACAACCCGUACCACCGGCCAAGUUUCUGCAGUACUUUUCGCUGUAAGACGUGUUCUGUUCCCGUUGUUCAAAAUUCGACCGUUUCGGUUCUGUGUCAUCGCUCCCGAGGGAGGGGCGCAGGACUCCUCUCGUAGGUGGCUGGAAAGCCACUCAACAAUCUUCACUAUUAUUAUACAAUAUGAAAUAUUUAUAUUUUUCUAUCUGAAAAUGAGAGCAAACCAGCGAACGUAAAUUGUGUGUUCACCAGAUAGAAAGGGAUUCAUGUACGAGACGUUUGCUGGACAAAACCAAUCGGUGCGACAAGAGUGUCCAUGAUGAUCGAUCGAUCGAUCGAGCGAACGGAAAGGAACAGAACUGAGACACGUGCGUUAUAAAGCCGAACACGACCGACCCCACAGCUUGAGCGAGAAGCACUGUUAUAAGGAAGAGAUGCGAAAAAAAAUCUACCUAUAUACAUACACAUAUAUAUAUUCGUAAACAAAGUAAAAACAGAGAAAUAUUUUUGGGCGAAAGGAAAACCAAAACCACGCAAAAAGCAGAAGAACUAUUUUCAAAAGCCAGCAGGCCCAUAUUUAAAUAGCCCGUUAGUAGUUGCGCAUAAUUGCAGAUGUGUGCUAAACUAUUUACCCUUUUAAUGUCCCGUCAUCUAUUUCUGUGUUCGUACAGCGGGAAAGAGAUCGGAAAAUUCAGUUAGAUUUCCCAUUCGAUCGGAGAGAAAAUGAUAGGUGAGAGGAGUAGCACGACUUGGACAAUACGUGACGGAUUCGUACAGGAAAAUUUGGCCCAUUUUUCACACCACAACACUCACACAAUAUAUACUUUUUCAUACCGAAAACACUAUAUCGUACGAUAAGCUAUUCGCGACCGUUUUCUAUAGGAAAGUUACACUUCAAAGCUAUAGCUAUACUAUCUUGCAAAUGUGAUUACCUUUUGUCGCCAUUUCUUACGGUGUUUAAACGAGAGCGAGAAACCGGUAACUUUUUAAUGAUGCAAUGAUGUUUUCUCUAAUCUCUAAUUGUGAUAAGCGUAGCAGCAGCAGCAUGCAGUGUUCGGUUGUUCCAGCUGUGUUCCAAUCGGUGGGGUCGAUCCGCACUUUUUCAUACCGUAAUGAUCUUUAUUCGAUGAUAUUAUCCGGAAGAGCAAGCAAGAAUGAUAGUAUCUAGGGGGGUGGUUUUAGCUGUGCAUCGUGGAAAAUCCCUUAAGGGGAAUGAUGAGAUCGGCGUCGUUGUAGAAAUUAUGUGAUAAUAGAAUGCGAACAAAAAAAAGAAGAAGAAGCUUCGGAGAAGAGGAGGUAGGUAGUAGGAAGCGGAUGGUUAAUUUUUAACAUAUGCAACAUGCAUAUUCACAUUUUACGUAUAGAGACGCGACCGCUUUUUGGGGGAUUUUUUAAGUGAACUUCGAACGGAUUAGCUUUUCUUUGAAGGAGCGGAGGGAGCGAACACAGUAGUACUUCCAACAAGGGCCUCGGUAGCCCCGUACAUGAUUGAAUUGACUUACACCAAAUGUUCUGUUUGCUGUCCUCGUUAAAGUAGCCCACAGUAGUAGCAUAUUUCCAUUUUCAUGUUCAGCAUACUGACGGUGGUGCGCACAUAUAGCAGGGCAAAACAUCACCCUCAAAGGCAGCGUCGUCAUAUCGGUAGACUAAGUAGUAUCCUUCCUCUCUAUACGGCGCAAGCAAAGGAUGAUUUCAUUGUAGUAUAAUUGAUUAUUUGAAUGUUCUCUUCAAUGCCGUUUCUGAAUUUCUCGCGUUGCGUUGUGUCCGUGUUGAUGAUGGUCGUGUUGGAAUGAUAGAUUCCACCUUCAUUUCUCGUUUCAUCGAACUAAUCUACAAAACGCUUAGUAGUGUGUUCCAUAGAGUGUUUCUGGUGGAGGACGUAGAAAGAGCUAAAAGCUCCCUUCAAAAUCACCCGUGACGCAACGGAUUGGAGUCGAAUUGGAGAAACAAGCUUAGCGAGAAGACGAGACAUGCGCAGCAGAAACAGAGGUAGAGAACAACAAGUACAUACGUAUUACAACCAGAAAACAAAAUAUCACUACACGACAAGUGAAGAUUUUAAGUAAAUCUACUACGAUAUAACUACUUCA